AUGACUUGUCUCUUGGGUCAGGCCUGUUCAUGGCUUCUGCUAUCCUUGGCUGUAGUCCCAUGGUACUGGCAUCUCAAAAAUCCUGAGGUUUUCUGCAGCAACUGGGCAAUACUUUCACCAGCAGCCUCUCCUGGACUCUCUUCAUGGUGCCAAGCCUCAUCUUCUUUCUAUGGCACCUUCAGUGGAGUUCCAACUUCUACCAAGGUUGUACCUUCACCAAUGGCCUCUCCUGGUUGUUCAUCUGUUCUCAUGACCUCUUUGUCCUUCAAAACUAGUGCCACCUGGGAGGCUCUUACACAAGCUCAAGUUUGGCUGCCAGUAAAGGGUGAGACCAUCUCAAAACAAAAACAAAAGGAAUGGAGGAUUCUGGAGUCUGACUCUCCCGUCUGUGAGAGAAAACUGGAUGGUGAGAAGACAGUGCAAUUGGGGGUUCUAAACAGAGCCAAAUGGAAAGACAGAGAGGAGCACAUGGGAAGGCGGUUAGAGCUGCAGGAGGACGUUUGGGACAAGAGAGAGCCUCAUGGAAGCCAGCAAAGAGGAUUUUUUUUCCUGCAAGGGUUCAGCCGAAUGCUGACUAACAGUACAAUACCAAGAUACCGCUCAAAGCAGGAGGAAGAAUUACGAAGUGGAGCAGGAGGAACAAGUCCUGAGAUAUUGAUGGAGGCACUGCAGUUAGGUUCCCAGCACCCACAUAAGGUGCCAGGGUACCUCUGGCUCCAGUGGGAUCUAAUGCCCUCCUCUGACUUCCUUGGGCACCUGUGUGCUCCUUCCAAGGAUGAAAGGUGUGCACCACCACCACCUGGCCCACUGUAUGCUGUCUGUAGGCAGUCCAUUUUUAAUGUAAAAACAGGUUGGGUUAGAUGGCUCAGUGGGCCAGGUGGUGGUGGUGCACACCUUUCAGACCUGUCUCAGGAGACGGAGGCAGAGAGCCGUAUUGGAUGCCUGGUCACCAGGACUGCCUUCAGCUCUUGCAAAGUGGAUGCUGUUGCCAUCAGUAACCCCUCCAUUGACCUCAACUACGUGGUCUAUAUGUUCUUGUAAGAUUCCACCUACUGCAAGAUGCACAGCUCAGUCAAGGCUGAGAACAGGAAACUUGUCAUCAAUAGGAAGACCAUUUUCUUCUGCCAGGAGUGAGAUUCCAUCAGUAUAGAUAAGGGUAAUGGUGUUGUCUCUAUUUCCACAGAGAAGGUAAGGGCCCACUUGAAGGGUAGAGCCAAAAGGGUCAUCUCCUAUGCCCCUUCUGCUGAUGGCCCCGUGUUUGUGAUGGAUGUGAACCACAAGAGGAAUGCCAAUUCACUCGAGAAUAUCAGCAUUACCUUCUGCCCUGCCAACAAUUUAGCACCCCAUCCACCCACCAAGGUCAUCCAUGACAAUUUUGGCAUCAUCAAGGGACUCAUGACCAUAGUCCAUGAGAUCACUGUCAUCCAGAAGACUUUGGAUGACCCCUCUGGAAACUGUGGCAUGAUGGCUCUGGGGUUGCCCAGAAGAUCAUUCCUGCAUCCACUGACACUGCAAAGCUGUGGGCAGUACCAUCCAAGUCUGAACAGGAAACUCACUGGCAUGGCUUUCCAUGUUCCUAUCCCUAAUGUGUCCACUGUGGACAUGACAUGCUGUUUGGAGAAAGCUGCCAAGGAUGAAGACAUCAAGGCGGUGAAGCAGGCAUCAGAGGGCCCACGUUUAAAGGGCAUCCUGGGCAACACCGAGGGCCAGGUUGUCUCCUUUAUCUGCUAUGACUUUAAUAGUGAUACCCACUCUUCCACCUUUGUGGCUGGGGCUGGUAAAGCCCUAUAUGACAAUGAAUAUGGCUACAGCAACAGGUUGGUGGACCUCAUGGCCCACAUGAUUUCCCAGGAGUAA